AUGAAACAAUUUUGGACAGCCACCGUACUGGCGGUGGUUCUGAUACUCUUUACGGAUGUUCAAGGGCAGCAUGAUCCACAUUUCUGGACCGGUCACAGCACCAUAGUGCAUCUGUUUGAGUGGAAGUUCUCCGAUAUCGCGCAGGAAUGUGAACGCUUCCUGGGACCACGAGGAUUCGGCGGUAUUCAGCUGUCACCGGUCAACGAAAAUGUAAUCGUUUCACCACCAUCCAGCGAGCACAACCGACCCUGGUGGGAACGGUACCAGCCGGUGUCGUAUAAGCUGACCACACGGUCCGGCACCGAACAGGACUUUUUGGAUAUGUCCAGAAGGUGUAAUGCUGUUGGGGUGAGAUUGUACAUUGAUAUUAUUAUCAAUCAUAUGGCGGCUCAUCCGGCCGAUGGCAGUACCGGUGUAGGAACGGGAGGCUCUACGGCUGUUCCACGCGAUCGUGAUUUUCCGGCCGUUCCCUGGUCGCUGUCGGACUUUAAUCCUUCUUGUGAGAUUACCGAUUGGAACGAUCCAGUGAUGAUUAGAAACUGUGAAUUGUUUGGGCUGCCCGAUUUAAAUCAAGGGAUUGGAAGCGUGCGGGAUAAACUGGUGGCAUUUAUGGAUCAUUUGAUUGAUCUGGGUGUCGCUGGGUUUAGGGUGGAUGCCGCCAAGCAUAUGUGGCCGGGAGAUUUGGAAAUAAUUUACGGUCGGCUGAAGAAUUUGAAUACGGAAUUCGGUUUUGCACCUGGAUCUCGAGCAUUUAUGAUGCAGGAAGUGAUUGAUAAUGGGGAUCACGAAGUGGUGAGAAAGUAUGAGUAUAAUCAUUUGGGAACAGUGACGGAAUUUAUGUUCUCGUACUACAUGGGUCGAGCGUUCCGUGGGAAUGAUGCUCUCGUUUGGUUGGAAUCUUUCGGGGAAGGCUGGGGACUGCUGCCGUCGCGAGACGCGCUGGUGUUUGUCGAUAAUCAUGACAAUCAACGACACGAUUUUGGCACAAUAUUGACCUACAAAUUACCGAAACCGUACAAGAUGGCAGUCGCAUUCGGAGCAGCUUUUCCUUAUGGUCAACUGAGGAUCAUGAGUUCGUUCGCGUUCGAUGACCUGGAUAUUGGACCACCGAUGGAUGCCAAUGGAAAUAUUGUUUCACCUUCCAUCAAUCUAGAUCAAUCCUGCGGCAAUGGGUGGGUUUGCGAGCACCGUUGGCGCCAGAUCACGAACAUGAUUCACUUCCGUAAUGUCUGCUGGGGAACUCCGGUCGCUAAUUGGUGGUCCAACGGAGAUAACAAAAUAGCAUUCUCGCGCGGCAAUCAAGGAUUUGUGGCUUUCAACAAUCAGGCGGGUGCGGAUAUGUUGGAAGUACUGCAAACUGGUCUCCCAGCUGGUGUUUAUUGUGACGUUAUCUCUGGUGAUAAGGUUAACAAUUCGUGCACGGGCAAAUCGGUUACAGUGCUAGCUGAUGGGCGGGCUUCCAUACACAUUGCUCAUGAUGGCGAGGAUGGCGUUUUGGCGAUUCACGUUGAGGUAAGAAUCAGUGAUUGCUUCAAUAUGGUAUAG